ACCGAUCACUAGCAGCGCAGCUAGCCGGGGGCGCGAGCUGGGACUGCAUAUUUAUCCGGGCGCUGGACGGCGGGUUAUUGACCGUUCGCUAGUCACUGUGAAUGAACCGGUUUGACUAACGUGGCAAACUGAAGUAAACUCGAGAACUUCAGUUCAGGUGUGUAAGAUUUUCAAGUUUAUCCUAACUGAAAAGGAAGGCUUUAAACGACUUCGGUGUCUUAGUGGGAUGGCUUGACUUCUUGCUCCACCCGGCUGGGCACACAGCACCAGCAGCAGCUCUGUGAAACGCAUGUGGUUCUGAGCUGUGCCGCGAUGAGCUGGGCAGUAGACGACUGGAAGGCGGGGCUCUCGGGCCGGGCCCUGCAGAAAGUGCGGGAGCUGGAGUCCCAGCAGGAGCAGCUGAAGCGGGAGAAGCAGCAGAAACAGCUGAAGCUGGAUAGCACAGAGGCUGCUCUCAGCAAGCAGAAACUUAAGUAUGAUGAGGUACGCUCAGAGCUGGCAGUGGCCCAGCGGGACUUACAGAGCUCCCGGGAAGAAGUGCAGGCAGGGCUAAAGGCCCGAGAGCGCCUUUCCCAGGAGCUGCAGGUAAAGCAAGCCCAGGUGUGCAGCCUCGAGGGACAGCUGGAUGCCUCCCGCACACUCACACAGUCUCUGACACAGGAGGUCAAACGGCUGGAAGCGGAGCUUGAGAAACUGCAGAAUGCCAGCAACUCUGUGGACUCAACACUGUUCUCCACUCCCUGCUGGAGCGUGUCCUCAUCAAGGGAUAAUGGCUUGCGAUGGGAGGAGAGGAGUGAAUACAGAGGAGAGAGUGAAAUUAAAGCACUGCAUUCCAGACAAUUGCAGUUUGGUGAUUGUAGUCCCAGAUCACCGCUGGGGGGGACUAUGUCCCCUCAGCAACCGCACAGCUCCACACCUAUCCGCCAAUCAACCCGACAGUCAAAAUCCUCUAAUUCCUCAGCUGUGUUUCCAUGGGAACGAGAGGAUGGUCCAUCUACCUUUAGUGGAAGGCCUGUCUUGUCACUGCAGACCACAGAAAAAGUCAGUGAUGUUCAAUUUCAGCAGGACUGUGGGAUGGAAAAUGACCUCAGAAGGGAGAUUGAUGUCCAGCGCUCAAAGAUCCAGGAAAUGCAGACCUGGGUCCAAUCUUUGGAGCAGGAGGCACGAUCUGCAUCGGAGCAGCGCCGUGGCCUGGAAUCCCAGCUGGCAGAGGUACGGGCCCAGCUGGCAGCCCGGGAGCAAGACCUGACCCGAACCAGAGAGGAGCUUGCCCGGACCAGUGCUUCUCUCGAGAAAGAGAGCAGCAAGGUCCUGGCUGCUGAGCAAAAGUUGAAACAGCUGCAGGAGGAGCUGAGCUGCCAGAGGCAGAAUGCAGAGAGCAGCCGACGGAGCGCCGAGCAAAGCAGGAGAGAGCUGGAGAAAGAGCACCACAGGGAGCUGCUGGGGCUGCAGAAAGACAGGCAGAACAUGGAGAGAGAGCACCAGCAGGAAAGCAGCCGACUGAAGCAGGAGAUUCAGCGUGCACAGACACUCCACAACACACUGCAGGCACAGUGUGAUAAGGCAUUGCUACAGAAGCAGGCUGUGGAGAAGGACAUGGACACGGUGAAGGGGAAGCUACAGUGGACAGAGAAAGAGCUGUUUGAAAACCAAAAGGUCCAACAGCAGACCCAGUGCAAGUUGACGGAGGCGAUCCGAGAGCGGGACGGCCUGGCCUUGAGACUGGAACAGAGCGAACGGAGGGCUAAGGGCCUGGAUGAGGAAGUGAGGAGGCUGACACAGGAGCUCAGUGAGGCUCUGAGGCUGCUGGAAGAGCUGAAGGCCACCAAGCUUAUUGUCCCUGCCGCUGCUGAAGUUCCUGUUCGAUUUACCCCAGCUGGAGACAGCUUUCCUUCCUCAAUCUCCCAUCAUGAACGACUCCAGCGAGCACCGCCUUCACAGAGGAAGAAAGCUACAGGUCAUGAUCCAUCAAGGGAGAGCUGGGAGGUAGAUAGGUCAGAUGGGACCACCAACACAGGGUAUCCUGCUGACAGAGAACCCGGGGAGGGUAUCGACUCCAACGACAUAACAGAGCUUGGGACCCAACCAGAGGAAAAAUUAAGGGAUGAAGGAGGCAGGCGAAAGAAUGAGGUUCAGAAGACUCGUGAAGUUGAAGCCAAAUUGAUUGCUGAACAAAACAAAUACGAUGUUCACGGCAGCAAAGCAUCUAUGAAAGAACAAAAUAACAUGGAGAGGGAGAGUUCUGAACUCAGAGAAGUGAGUAAACCAGACUGUAACCUCAAUGAUGACCAAGUCCAAGCAGAAGAGGAUGAAGAUCUGCUAAUUCCAUCUACUGACCAAGACGGACACAGCCAGCCAGCUCUACAGGAUCUAAAAAAACAGAACAUUGCUCUUAAUGAUGAGCUUCAGGAGGUGAAGCGGGAGCUGGAGCGAAGGCUUGAGGACUUGGAGGCCCAAAGGAAGGCAGAGACUGAAGCCAGAACCAGGCUGAAACAGGUGAGCCGCAAGCACUCAGCUCAAGUGGAACAGUUGCGGCAAAAAGCCCAAGAGUUAAAGGGUGAUGGUGAGAGGUUAGAGAAAGAGCUAGAGGAGGAGAGGGCAGAAAGCAGGAGGCUUAAGGAGGCUCUGGCUGCCCUUGAGCAGAGGAGUAUGGGGCAGGUGGAUGCCGAAAAAGAGACGGAGAGUACAGUCCUCAGGGACCAAGUUGCAUUACUGGAGUCCCAACUCAAGCAAGAACGAGAAGAUCUGGAGCAAGAGAGAGUGGUGUGGAGUGAGAAGGAGGAUAGGAGAAAAAUGGAUGAAGACCAUGAGCUGGAGAGCAGGAGAAUUUUCACAGCACGUAUUGAAGAACUGGAGGCUCAGAUGCUGGAGCUCCGGGGGAGUCAGGACAGGGAAACUGGCAAAGAGUUUGGAGAAACCCCUUUAAUCACAUGUGACAAUGCUGAGAACUUUAACAACAAUAGUGAGACUGUCAUUAUCGACUCUAUGUCUCCAUCACCAAGUGACUCCCCCUCUCAGUCUGAGCUUGUGGAUCCUCAAAGCACAAAACCCUUCAAACACAGUGAAAGUAACUUCAGUAAUAAUGUAAAAGGUCAGGUACAAUCAGAGAGUAAUCUGGAGGAUCCCUCAAAAAGGAGUGGGAAGCAAGUAGGUUUGGAGACUGUGCUGUUCCGGGAUGAAACAGUCCAGCUGGUCCUUGAGCUGGAACAUCUCAGGAGAACCUGUGAGACCCUGAAGGACGAAAGGGAUAAGGAAGCUGGACGGGCUAGGCAGACUCAGGGUAAGCUGGAUGCCCUACAGGCCCAGGUGAACAGCCAGACCCAACAGCUGACACUUGCCUUUGAGAGUCAGAGCUGCCACAUACAGGAUUUACUGCAUGAGCUGCAAGACAGAGACACUGUCCUCGAGAGGCUGGAGGUGGAGCUACAGGGCUGUCGAGAGGAGAUAAAGUUACUGAAAAGAGAGCAGGAAGAGCUGGAUUUGGAAAGCAAGAGCCCUGAGGGCAUUAAAUCUAUGGUGGAUGUUGCAGCAACACCAAACCCCCAGCUGAAAUCCCCCAUAUCACAGUGUGAAGAUAUCAAGAACACGCCGCAUGCUUUUGAGAAUUUUCAUCCUCCCGUAGCACUCAAACAGCAGGGAGUGUGUGAUGAAAGUACCAGUAUGGAGAGUUUGGUAGGAUCCCUUCGUGAGAUAAUAGCAGGGAACAAAGAGCCGAAAUCAAAAUUUGAAGCGAUUACAUAUUUGAACAUUUUGGAACAAAUAAGCACAGAGCCAGGUGAUCUGGUUGGUGGUGAUCCAUCACAUAGAGUAGUUGUGCAAUUACAUGCUGCUAUGAAUGAGCUAAUGCAACUGAAAACUGAGAAUAAAGAAAUGAAGUCUAUGCUGGCAGCUGUUACAUCUCCUGGAAGGAAGGAAGUCCACCCUUUAGAUUCUAAGGGAUGUUUACUUGAUGAUAACAAAGAGAGUGAAGCUGCUACCAAGAGGUCUAGAGAGGAGCUGCAUCCUGCACAAAGGGACUUUGAUCCCGUAGUUCCAAAUGAGUAUGAACAUUUGACAGUGAACCUUAAGGAAUCUGUAACUAGAACUGUCAAUCAGGAGAAGCCUAUUGUUUGUAAAGGUGAUGGGGAUAAUCCAAGUAUUAGGCUUUGCAGCAUAGAACAACAAUUGGUGUUAAGUAAGCUGCAGGAAAAAAAGCUGAAAUUUAAGUCAGAGCUGUGUGUACAUUCAGAUUUUGAAUGGAUAAAAGUAGAGGAGCAAGAUACCAAAACUGGAGGGGUCACAUGCAGGUCUAAGACGGGCCUACAGAUGAAUCAGGACGAGUUAAACCAGUUGGAGAGGGAGAAAGACCAGCUGAACUCCAAGUUAGCAUGCUUCGGGAAACAGGUGGCUGCUGUUACAUUAGGUUAUACAAAUACCAAAGAUCAAGAAACAGGAGUUUCUUUGCAGAGCUCCCUAGAAUUAGCAGGAGAGUACAAUGAGUUAAAUUUUUCUGGGGAAGCUGAAGGUAUCUGUAGAAGUAAAGAGCUGCACGUAAGAGACAAGCCCACUGUGGAUGUAAAACAAUAUAUAAAUGCUAUUAUCACAUUACUAGGGGAAAAUAAGGCAUUACAGUCUUGGGCUCUGUCUGUUAGUCCUCCUGAGAAGCAAGAAGAGAUGCCAAACAUUUCUGAAGGAGUGCUGGGGUGGAUUGAUGCCAUAAUCAGUGGUUUUGGAAGUGCAGAAGUUAUUGAGAAAUUGGACUCCACUCUUCCCAGGUCAAAGGAAGUGAGCCAAGAGAGAGAAAUGCCUAUUCAAAAGACAUCAGUGAUGUUCCCGGCUCAAGAUCUGAGCUCUAGCAGUAAUGAACUGGACUUGAAGACUAAAGAUGCCCAAGGGAUUCAAACUGUGGCUGAAGGGAGUAGUUUGAUAGCACAUGUAGCGAGUUGCCCUGGUUACUGUUUGACUGAGGCAGUGACAGUCACUCAGACAGACACAGAGCUGAGGAAGGAGAGCCAUCAGCUGAAGGAACAACAGGUGCUGCUGAAAACAUCCAUUGAGGAGCAGGAAAGAAGCCCUGGAGUACAGGAUGGUGUCACACAGACUGGUCCUGAAGAGGAUGGGAACCACUCUAGCCAGAGUGGGCUUCUUCAGCAGCAGUUAUUGGAACUGCAGUCUGUAGUCUCAAGUCUCGUUGAGGAAAACAAAAAACAGGCAGAUGAGCUAAAGGUCUGGAGGACGGCUGGAGACACUCUUACCCCUGUUUCUUUUGGGGAGCCAGUUAUUCACACGAGUAAUGAUUCCAUAACGGUGGUCCGGGAAGACCACCUGCUUGUUUCCUGCAAGCCCAAAAAGCUUGCGGGGUCUCCAUCCCAUGCAGAGAAUAUUUUAGAAGAUUGCAGGAAGCCAGUGUUCAUUCCUGGGGCAGGUGCAGUUGAUAAAGGAGUACAUGAAGAAAGGGAAACUUGCAAUCUCUCAGGAGCAAAUGAUGAAACAGGGACACUGGCAGUUUCUAUUAAGUUGUCAGCAACCGAUGGUGAUGUUUCUCAAAGCCUCAAGGCCAAAGCAGUAGCCCAUGGACAAAGUGAACUGGAGACAGAAACUGCACAUAGCCGUUGUAAUCAUACAGACAUUCAGAUAUUCAUCCAAGAAAACCAGGAAACCAGAGCUACAGAUACACUGAACGAAACCAAACAGGCUGACAGAAACAGUGUCCAAGAUAAUCAGCUAAGAACAGCUGCUGGAAAAACUAGAAGUGAAAAGAUCAAAAUGGUUGUCCAAGAAGACAACUGGACCAAAGCCAUCAUUGAACAUGAGGCCAUAGUAAACAGUAAAGAAGAAAAUCCAACAUUUACUGAGCAACACAGUGUAAUGCUGAAUGAAAAGGGGCCACAGAUGCAGUCUGAAGGAGCAGAUCAGGAUUAUGCAACUCAGGGAGCAGAAAGUACUGAAACCUCAGGAAAGACAACACGCCUGUUCUCUAAAAGCCCUGUGGAAGACGGAGAGAACCGCUUUCCUCAGUGGGAGAACCAAAGAGAGUCGAGGAGCAUGGCCACUCAGACGGAAAGCAUGAACGAAGGUGCAGCAGUAGGUUCCCUUGCCCCAUAUUGCAGUGAUCAGGAGAAGUGCCAUGCUGGUACGCAGACAGAGGACAGAGCCAUGGAAGUGUGGAAUGAGCCAGCAGAUUCGGGGGUGGAGGACAAGGAGAGUGUAGAUUCUCCACCACUCUCGCCUGUGGAUGCAGCUCUGUCCAUGGUGGACAAUUUGACCCUGUUUUCAAGGUCCUUUCUCAUCCCCGCUGACCCGGCCCAGCUGGCGGAGAGAAUAAGGCGAAACCGUUCCCGCAUGUCAGCUGCGUUUGACGAUACCGAGUAUGAGCCCUACGGACUGCCUGAGGUCGUCAUGAAGGGCUUUGCGGAUAUUCCAAGUGGACCAGCGUGUCCCUAUGUCCUCAGAAGGGGACUGUUGGGCACCGAUGCCAUGCCACUGCCUCUGCGAGAGCAAGGGGAGAACGAGGAGGAGGAUGAGCUGGAUCCCUGACACCCAAGUAUCUCACUCAUAUGCCAGAGUGAAAAUGUCUAGCCAAAAACAAACCGAUGUUCUGGUCAUGACAUGAAGAUUGGUUUCUAUCCACCGAAAAGGGUUUUAACCUACAGAAUUGGAGUGCUAGACCCAGGUGAUGAUUGUGUUUUUGUCCUGUUUGAGUUUUUCCCCCAACUAUUUGUUGCUUCUGAGCUCAUAUCAACAAAGCAGCUGUUGUAGCAAGCAUCCUUUCAGGACCAUAUUAAGAAGAGUUCUCAAUGAUGCCUCUUCAUGGGAGGGGUUGAUUGGCCAGAUAAAAUUGGAGUGUCUCGAUUGUGAAAAGUAACUCUUGAAUUUAACUGUCUAGGAUCAUGGCUGUUACAGAAACACAGGAGAUUUUGCCACUGUUCAAACUGUCACCUUCCUUGGUUAAUUUUGCCAUUAAUUUAAUGUUGCCAAGAAUUUGCAAUAUGAUAUUUAUAUAACAAAGCCUAGCCUGCCUUGAGGACGACAGCAAGUAAAAUGAGCUAACAUUUAAUAAAUUAGAAUCCAGACGUACCAAUAAAUACAGGCAAUAACUUCUAAGUAAAAGUCAUUUUAACUACCUCUUUAGAAAACUCAUCUGCUUCAAAAGCACUAAUUCCUGUUAGUGUGUAACUUUUCUUACACAAAGGGUACUUUGAUCUUUACAGUCAGAUGUGUUUGUGUAAUGUUUUUCUUAUAUAGUAAUUCUCCAAUGAGCCUCUCUCCAUUAGAAGACUUGGAUUCUUUGCGUUUCUGUAUUUGUGUGCGCUUGUGUGUGUCUGCUGAGCCACACAGCAGGACUGUCUUUCCUCUCCAUUUAUGGCAAUCGGCUGUUUCGAUUGAGCCUGGUAUUCUCUAAUAGUUCUCCCCCGUGUAAAACACUGCCUUUUAUUGUGGUCUCUGUUUUGAGUCUUGUUUGUGAUCCUAUGGAUAUAUAUCUGCUCUGAUGCAGUGAUUUUACAUGAACAGAGAUUUGGCGAGCUGCUUUUAUUUUAAAUAAGGUCAUUAGAUAAGUAAAUCUGACAUUAGUUUUAGUUGUAGAUAAAUGCCGAUGUAUGAACAGUCAAACAACCAGACCUUUGGGGCAUACAGUUGUCUAAAUGCAUGCUUUUCUGGUGGUCUGUAAGAUUAAUUAAUUUCUGAAUGUACAUUAUUCAGUUAUUUGUGUUGAUCCACACACAAAUGUAACAUUUUAUUAGAUGGGCUUUCAGUUCAUAGAAUAGCCACAUCUCUGCUUGGGUGGUGUUUUUUGUUUGUGGAUGAACUGUUUUAAAUGAGGGCUAGGGGGUUGGUUUCCCAGAAGUUAUUUGUGCUACAUGGGGAAUGUUAGGCUCUCUUUACUUGUCAAAGGUCUAAUUCAAAGCAUCAGAGGAACUGAAGAUGCUAUUUUUCUGAGAUUUCAACUUCCCAGUUACACAUAAAUUAUAUAUGUAUUGCGAAACAUAUAUCCACAAACACACUUAUCACGUAUAAUAAAUGUUGUUCCUCACUCAGUGAAUGAAUAUUCUGUUGUGUGAAUAGUCAAACUUUAUUCUUUUUAUGAUUUGUCCUUUUAUUUAUUAUCAUUUGUCUGUGUUUUAAGGAUUGGAACAAAAAGUUCUAUAAAUAAAAACCUUUUAAACACAA